GUGGCAUGCCCCGGCACGUCACUCGCCGGGACAGGGCGAGGCUUCUGGUCCCGGCUCAGCUGUUGCCGCGGUGGUCUGGCUCCUGAAGCGGCUGCUGUGGCGUGGCUCGCUGCUUCCAGACCUGAGUUCGGAGAGUCCAUUUCUCGCGGCUCAGCGCCCGCGCAGAGCUCGGAGCAUCUCUGCGGAGGUCGUACCGAGGCUGGAGGAGGAAGGGCGAUCGAGCCCGAGGACCCGCGCUCCAUCCUACACGCGUAAGGGUGGCCCCUGGGUGGGGCGAAGCUCCUUGUCUUUAUCCUGGUCCCCUGUCCUGGUGUGGGCCACUGGCUGCAGGAUGAACUGUCGCUCGGAGGUGCUGGAGGUGUCGGUGGAGGGACGGCAGGUAGAGGAGGCCAUGUUGGCCGUGCUGCACACGGUGCUUCUGCAUCGCAGCACGGGCAAGUUCCACUACAAGAAGGAGGGCACCUACUCCAUCGGUACCGUGGGCACCCAGGAUGUUGACUGUGACUUCAUUGAUUUCACCUACGUGCGCGUCUCCUCUGAGGAGCUGGACCGUGCCCUUCGCAAGGUUGUUGGGGAGUUCAAGGAUGCACUGCGAAACUCAGGUGGUGAUGGGUUGGGGCAGAUGUCCUUGGAGUUCUAUCAGAAGAAGAAAUCUCGGUGGCCUUUCUCAGAUGAGUGCAUCCCCUGGGAAGUGUGGACAGUCAAGGUGCACGUGGUGGCCCUGGCCACAGAGCAGGAGCGGCAGAUCUGCCGGGAGAAGGUGGGUGAGAAGCUCUGCGAGAAGAUCAUCAACAUUGUGGAGGUGAUGAACCGGCAUGAGUACCUGCCCAAGAUGCCCACGCAGUCGGAGGUGGACAACGUGUUUGACACAGGCUUGCGGGACGUGCAGCCCUACCUUUAUAAGAUCUCCUUUCAGAUCACUGAUGCCCUAGGCACCUCAGUCACCACCACCAUGCGCAGGCUUAUCAAAGACACCCUUGCCCUGUAGGGCUGCUGGAGCUGUGGGAGCUCCUUUAUGGCUUGCAGACCUUGGCCCCAGGGACUGUACUGUCAGGCCCUUGGGAGUCUGAGCUGCUCUAGCUCCUUGGUGAGACUUGGAAAGGGUGGCCCUUGGCUUCCUUGUUCUGCGGUUGCCAGCCUCUGGUCAUCCCUGAACCUCUGCUGACAGUCAGGUCCUGCGUGCGGUCUCUCCGUUCCCUUGGAAGGGGUCCCCUUCAUUCUCCGUUGUACAGAAGAGCCACCACGAAGAUGGUAAUAAAGCUGAGACAUGAUGGAACCAUCUGUCCUUCGCUGUGGCCUGCCCUGAAGCGCUAACACUUCCUGGCAGUCCUUUAAGAACACAGUUGUGGGUCGGGACAUGACUCCAGGCUGAGGGAGUAGGUGGAUGGGGUUAAAAAUAGAUUAAAACUCAUAAUUUGCA